UACUUAUUUGUUAUCGUGAGUUACUUAAUUGGCGUUUUCAUAUUUGCAACAAUUGUGGGCCAAGUUGGAAAUGUGAUAAAUAAUAAAAAUGCAAGUCGUCAAGAAUUUGAACGGUUACUGGAUGGUGCCAAAUUAUACAUGUCCACACACAAUGUUCCUCAUGAUUUACAAAAACGUGUACAAAGAUGGUAUGACUAUGUUUGGUCGAGAUUAAACGGUGCCGACAUUAAUUCGCUUGGGUUGUUACCUGAUAAAUUAAAAACAGAGUUAGCUAUCCAUGUUAACUUAGAAACACUUAAAAAGGUUACCAUUUUCCAAGAAUGUCAACCGGAAUUUCUGCAUGACCUAGUACUUAAGAUGAAAGCUUAUAUUUUUACCCCCGGCGAUCUCAUUUGUCGACGUGGAGAAGUGGCCCGGGAAAUGUUUAUUGUGGCUGAUGGACUUGUGGAAAUUAUAAGUGAAUCUGGAACGGUAUUGAAGCAAAUGGGAGCAGGUGACUUCUUUGGUGAGAUUGGAAUUUUGAAUUUGGAUGGUGGAAUCAACAGGCGGUCUGCUGAUGUUCGUUCUCUGGGGUAUUCAGAACUAUUUGUUUUGUCACGAGAAGACGUUCUUGGUGCCUUAAAAGACCACCCAGAUGCCGAGGUAUUGUUAUCUUGA